AUGCCCAAAGAUUCGAAAAUUCCAAUCAUUAUCGUUCGUAAGAGAAGAGAAUCAAAGUUGGAAAAUGAUUUAUUUAAUAUAAUCCCAGUUCCAGUCUCAUGUAUUAACACAGUUGCUGAAAUGAAAGAUUCAAACGAACCAAAUUGGGUGAAAGCAAAACGGGCAGAAACCCAAAAAUUUAAUGAUAUGAAAGUAUUCCAAGAAGUUCCAAUUCCAGAAGGAGUUAAACCUAUAACCACAAGGCGGGUGUUUACCUAUACGAAAGAUUAUUUGAAAGGGGAUGCUUAUAAAGCCAGAUGUGUUGUCCAGGGUUUCGAACAAAGAGAAGGAGUGGACUAUGAUCCGACUAAGAUCCUGGCCUCAGUAAUUGAUUUAGCAUCCAUAAGAUUAUUAACAGCCAUUGCAGUAGAGAAGAAUAUGAUAAUCCAUCACGUUGAUAUUAAAUCAGCUUAUUUAAAUGCAGUACUUACAAAUGAGAGCCCGAGUUAUGUAUUUCCACCACCAGGAUACAAUAAAGAUAAUACUAAAUGUUGGUUAUUGGAUAAAGCUGUAUAUGGUUUAAAGCAAUCCGGUUAUGAAUGGCUUAUUACUUUUAUUAGCAUCUUCAAGAAAUUAGGAUUCACUCAAAAUGAACACCAAGAUAACAUAUUUGUAGAUAUCGUUCAAGUUCAAGUUUCUUCCACCUUCAUUAUAGAUCUCAUGGACUUUCAUUUUGCUGCUAUAAAUUCCAACAGCAAUUUUUUCACAGAACAGUUCGAUUAA